GGCCUUACACGUCCUCGUUUAGGGAUAUGUCGGAGUGGAUUGGAUAUGUAUAAAUAAGUACAUAUAAGGUGGUGGGCGACGGAAGGAGAGGGAAAGACGAGAGGCGGAAGGAACGAUACAAACACGUGCGCGUGGUCGGUGUCUCUCCGAAGAUACCUGUGGAUGCCAGGCUGGAGUCGUGACGUAUUAGGGCGCGGAUUUCUGCCCGAUGACCGCCGUGGAGACUCGCCUCUACUCGCCAGCCGAUCUUCGCCACUGAUAUUACACCGCGUCAGACGGUUUAUCGGCCAGGCCGUGUGAUCGAGAGCGGAGAGAAUAGAAAGUGGGACGUGUUAUGAAAUUGUUGCCGACGAUCCAGCUGCCGCAAUUGCCGCCGGUCUCGGCCGGGGGUGGAAUGACGGGGAUGGACUCACGGCUGCCACCAGGCAUAUCCUUGCCUUUCAGCCCCACGGAGCUGCUCUGGCGAUACGGCCCGGCCAUGAAUUUUCCACCCACCCACCCACCGCCCAGCCCGUUCCUCGACUUCAAGACUCAUCUGCCAGCAAGUCUAGCGUCCGACCCGCGGCUGUGGUCCCGAGAGGAUGUGGCGACGUUUCUCCGUUGGGCGGAACGGGAGUUCGAUCUACCGCAGUUCGACAUGGACAUGUUCCAAAUGAACGGGAAAGCGUUGUGUCUGCUGACCAAGGCGGAUCUGGGCGAGCGAUGUCCAGGCGCUGGGGACGUGUUGCACAACGUGCUAUCGAUGCUGGCCAGGGACUUCAGUCAGCUACAGAGGUGUCUUCCGAGCAGUCCAGUGACACCGACCAGGCCUUCCGCGUAUCCUCUUAGCCCCCAUUCGCAUCCCCCGACACCAACAUGGACGGAGAACCCGUACACAGCGAAUCUGGCCUCAUUGAUGUCCGCGAACUCGGUCACACUGUCCCCGGCCCCAUCGGUGGACAGUCAAGCGGGCUCACCUGGGCACACCGAGGGUGCACAAAGUCAGGUCUACAAGAGCGACUCGGACGAGGACAAUCAACAAGCGGCCAACGGAAGUCCACCGGCCACGCCAACCGCUUUAGCCGCGCAGAGGCUAAGCGAGGUAUGCGUCAAGGAUCAGCCGAGCCCCACGCUGACGCAGCCGAUGAUGCCCCUGACGCCUGGUGCCUUCAGAACGAACGCCGCGAACGCGGCCAGGGAGUUCUUUCCCAGCGACUCGCCUGAACCCAAUACCAAUGGUAGACUUCUAUGGGAUUUUCUACAGCAACUGUUGAACGACCCCUCGCAACGGUACACCCACUAUAUCGCGUGGAAAAGCCGGGAAACAGGAGUGUUCAAAAUCGUCGAUCCUCCCGGGCUGGCGAGGCUCUGGGGCAUCCAGAAGAAUCAUCUCUCGAUGAAUUACGAUAAAAUGAGCAGAGCCCUACGAUACUAUUAUCGCGUGAACAUUCUCCGGAAGGUCCAAGGGGAACGUCACUGUUACCAAUUUCUGCGAAAUCCGACGGAGCUGAAGAACAUAAAGAACAUAUCUCUGCUGCGUCAGCAAAUGCGGAUAAAGUCCGAGCCGGAAGAAGAAGGCGGAAGUGGCGUCGAGCCGGAAAUCGAUAUGCCAACAGACCUCUCGAUGUCCAGCAUGAGUCAACCAUCCAACGAGCAACAACAACAACAGCAACAACAGCCGCAGCAGCAACCUCUACCUCUUCACGAUCCACCCACGAAAUACAGAAGUCACGCGUACAAUCUGGUGAAAACCAAUCAGGAGUCGGAAGAGAGAAAGUGA